GUGCGUGCGUGCGCGCUACCACCUUUUCGCGCCAGAGGAGGGCACAGUUACCUCGCGCUUGGACCGGCGUCAGCGGUCUCCAGGCAACAGGCCAGCAGUCAGUCAGUCAGGUUUCUCAAUCAAAGCGGAGAGAUGCGGCAGCGGCGUCGGUUAUGGCCCUUCUGCGGAUCCGGUGCUCGUUUGUCUGGUUCACCGUGAACGGCAUGUGAACACACCUCUGUGUUGGGCUCAAGAACUGCACCGGACGCCCUGGUACCGACCGAACCGGACGCGCUCACUCGGAUCCCGACGCGAACGAGUUCUCUGAGGGAAUUUUACGCGCCGAUUUAAUUUGACUAACGUUAGUUGUAGUUUUUAGUUUACAAUAUUUUAAAAAUGCUUUAGAUUUUAUUAAUGCGUUCGGUUUUAAGAGACAAUUACGUAACUUUCCCAACACCAAACUGGAGAAAAUCUGACUGACUUUGAACUUCACAACACGACGACUUUCCCUCAGAAAAAUGCUGAAAUUUCAUAAUUCUGAUCUAUGGAUUGCUUGGCUGGUCUUCUUUUGUGUGAACGUGUGUGUGCGUGCGCUGGAAGUGACGGUGAGUCAGAGCAGUGUUCAGGUGGCCAGAGGUCAGGCGGCCGUCCUGCCCUGUACGUUCACCACCAGCGCCGCCCUCAAUAAUCUCUACAUCAUAUGGAUGGUCACACCGCUGGCCAACGCCAACCAGCCAGAGCAGGUGAUCAUCUAUCAGAGCGGCCAGGUCUUCAGUUUAGCCAAUCACAUGAACGGGCGCGUGGGCUUCGUCUCCAUCAUGCCCAGCACAAGUGCCUCGAUCUUCAUCAAUAACACUCAGCUGUCGGACACGGGGACGUACCAGUGCCUGGUCAACAACCUGCCUGACCGCGGGGGGCGCAAUAUCGGCGUCAUCGGCCUCACUGUGCUGGUUCCUCCGUCCAUCCCGUCCUGUCGUCUUCAGGGGUCGCUGGACGUGGGCAGCGACGUGAUGCUGUUGUGUGGUUCGGACGAGGGCAUCCCGACACCCACCUACUCCUGGGAGAAGCUGGAGUCCGUGCCCAAACUGCCCCACAAUGCCAUGCAAGAUCAGAUGCAGGGUACGGUCACGCUGAGGAACAUCAGCACCAGCACAUCUGGACUGUAUCAGUGUACGGCAUCGAACGCCAUCGGAAAGAGCACCUGCGUCCUCAACCUGCAGGUCGUGGCACCGCAGUCUCAGAGCGUCGGUCUGAUCGCAGGAACCAUCGCUACUGCCAUUCUGGCGCUCCUCAUCUGCUCUUUACUGGCGCUUGUCACGCUCUUCUACUGGAGAAACAAGAACAAAUACGAGGAGGAGGAGAUUCCCAACGAGAUCAGAGAGGACGAUCUCCCUCCGAAGAGAUCCUCAUCGGUCAAAGCGUUCCAAGCGGACGCCUCGUCUUCAGAGAACGACACGCUGACGUCCACCAACACCUACAACAGCCGCUACUGGCACAAUCCCAAACCCAACUAUGACACCAACUCCUACACGCGCUACAACGGUGACACGCGGCAGACCUUCACCACUGGCUGUAACGCGGCGGGAAACGCGCCCUCGCGACCCGCCUACACCAACGGGAGCCACACCCUGCCGCCGCCCAAGACUCUGGUUGUCACCACAAACUCCGCCCCCUCGCCGCCCGUCAUGGCCCGCAGUAACGGCUCUCUGAGCCUUCGGCCACCUGUCGCCACAACGCCGGCCGUGACGCACGGACAGCAACACACGCACUCGUAUGCCGUGAGCCAAGCCACGCUAGAGCGCAUGGGCGCAGUUCCCGUCAUGGUGCCGGCGCAAAGCAGAGCGGGUUCGCUCGUCUGACGUGACGGACGAAAUCAAAACUCUUUUAUAAAUGAGUUCAGCUGAUGCCAACUAACACUGCUCCGUUAAAGCCCCCACGCCCUUGUUUUUCAUAUUCCCUGUUUGCGUGUUCAUUUUUGAAGUCGUGAUGAUAAACUGGCUUCGCUGCAGGCAGAUAAAAGGGCCCCAUAAUCACGUGUUUCUCGA